AUGGACUGUAUUUUUCUUUUUCUUAUAGGGCUUUUAAAUUGUUGUGUGGCAUACAAUGUUGGGCUUCCUGAAGCAAAAAUAUUUUCCGGGCCUUCGAGUGAACAGUUUGGCUAUGCAGUGCAACAGUUUAUAAACCCAAAGGGAAACUGGUUACUGGUUGGUUCGCCUUGGAGCGGCUUUCCCGAGAACCGCAUGGGGGAUGUCUAUAGAUGUCCUGUUGAUCUGCCCACUGCCACGUGUGAAAAACUGAAUUUGCAAACUUCGAUCAACGUUCCAAAUGUCACUGAGAUGAAAACCAACAUGAGCCUUGGCUUGACCCUGACAAGGAACACGGACACUGGAGGUUUUCUCACGUGUGGUCCCCUGUGGGCACAGCAGUGUGGAAAUCAGUAUUACACAACCGGUGUUUGUUCGGAGUUCAGUCCCAAUUUUCAGCACUUGGCCAGCUUUUCACCUGCCGUUCAGACCUGCCCUUCCCUUAUAGAUGUUGUGGUUGUAUGUGAUGAAUCAAAUAGUAUUUACCCAUGGGACGCAGUGAAGAAUUUUCUGGAAAAAUUUGUACAAGGUCUAGAUAUUGGCCCUAAAAAGAUUCAGGUGGGGCUAAUUCAAUAUGGCAAUAAUCCAAGAGUUGUGUUUAACUUAAAUACUUAUAAAACCAAGGCGGAAUUGAUUGAAGCAACAUCCCGCACAUACCAACAUGGUGGGGAUCUCACGAACACAUUCAAGGCCAUUCAAUAUGCGAGAGAUUUUGCUUAUUCCGCAGCUGCUGGCGGACGACAGUGGGCUACGAAAGUCAUGGUGGUUGUGACGGAUGGAGAAUCCCACGAUGGUUCCAAGUUGAAAGCCGUGAUUGAGCAAUGCAACAAUGACAAUAUACUGAGGUUUGGCAUAGCAGUCCUUGGAUACUUAAACAGAAAUGCUCUUGACACUAAAAAUUUAAUCAAAGAAAUUAAAGCAAUUGCCAGUGUGCCAACAGAAAGAUACUUUUUCAACGUGUCUGAUGAAGCAGCUCUCCUAGAAAAGGCGGGCACAUUAGGAGAACACAUUUUCAGCAUUGAAGGGACCGUUCAAGGAGACAACUUCCAGAUGGAAAUGUCCCAAGUGGGGUUCAGCGCAGACUACUCUCCUCACAACGAUGUUCUGAUGCUGGGUGCAGUGGGAGCUUAUGACUGGAGUGGAACCAUUGUCCAGCAGAUGUCUCACAGAACUUCCAUCUUUCCCAAGCAAGCAUUUGAGCAGAUUCUGCAGGAUAGAAACCACAGUUCAUAUUUAGGUUACUCUGUGGCUGUGAUUUCUACCGGAAAAAACCUCCACUUCGUUGCCGGUGCGCCUCGGGCCAAUUAUACUGGUCAGAUAGUGCUCUACCGUGUGAACAAGAGUGGCAACGUCACCGUUGUUCAGCCUCACAGAGGAGACCAGAUUGGCUCCUAUUUUGGGAGUGUGCUUUGCUCGGUUGAUGUGGACAGAGACACCAUUACAGACGUACUCUUAGUAGGUGCACCAAUGUACAUGAAUGACCUCAAGAAAGAAGAAGGAAGAGUCUACCUAUUUACUAUCACAAAGGGCGUUUUGAAUCAUCACCAACUUCUUGAAGGGCCUGAGGGUUUAGAAAAUGCUCGGUUUGGCUCAGCCAUUGCAGUUCUUUCAGACAUCAACAUGGAUGGCUUUAAUGACGUCAUAGUUGGUUCACCUUUAGAGAAUCAGAACUCCGGAGCUGUGUAUAUCUACAAUGGCCAUCAGAACACCAUUCGCAUGAAGUAUUCUCAGAAAAUCUUGGGAUCUGAUAAAGCCUUCAGGACCCGUCUCCAGUACUUCGGGAGAUCCUUGGAUGGCUAUGGAGAUUUAAAUGGGGAUUCCAUCACUGACGUGUCCAUUGGUGCCUUUGGGCAAGUGGUCCAACUCUGGUCCCACAGCAUUGCGGAUGUAUCCGUGGAAGCUUUUUUCACACCAGAAACAAUCACUUUGUUCAACAAGAAUGCUGAUGUCAUCCUCAAACUCUGUUUCAGUGCGAAAUUCCGGCCUGCUCAGGGAAACAAUCAAGUGGGCAUUACGUAUAACAUGACCCUUGAUGCAGAUCGGUUUUCAUCCAGAGUGACCUCCAGGGGAUUAUUCAAGGAGAGCAAUGAGAGAUACCUGCAAAAGAACGUGGUAGUAAGUCAAGCUCAGCGUUGCUCGGACCACUUCAUCCUCAUCCAGGAGCCGUCUGAUGUUGUCAGCCCUUUGGAUCUGCGUGUGAACAUCAGUCUGGAGAACCCUGGCACCAGCCCUACCCUUGAAGCCUAUUCCGAAAGGGCCAAGGUCUUCAGUAUUCCGUUCUAUAAAGAUUGUGGUGACGACGGACUGUGUGUCUCUGAUCUAGUUCUAAAGGUCCAACAGCUGCCAGCCGAUCAAAAGCAACCCUUAAUUGUCAGCAACCAGAACAGAAGGUUAACAUUCUCAGUAACACUGGAAAACGCACAGGAAAGUGCGUAUAACACGAGAGUCGUGGCUGCUUUGGCAGAGAACCUGUUUUUCGCGUCGUCCUCGGUGCCGGUUGAUGGGACUGAAGUCACAUGUCAGGUCGAUGCAUCUCAGAAAGCGGUUACCUGCAAUGUAGGCUACCCUGCUUUAAAGAGCGGACAACAGGUGACUUUUACUAUUAGCUUCGACCUCAAUCUUCAAAACCCUGAAAAUCAAGCAACUGUCAGUUUCCAAGCCUUAAGCGAAAGCCAUGAAGAGAAUCCGGCAGAUAAUUUGGUCUCCUUCAAAAUUCCUCUACUCUAUGAUGCUGAAAUUCACUUAACAAGAUCUACCAGCAUAAAUUUUUAUGAAGUUUCUUCAGACAGCAAAGCUCCUACCAUCAUUCAUAACUUUGAAGACAUUGGUCCAAAAUUCAUCUUCUCCCUUAAGGUAACAACAGGAAGUAUUCCAGUAAGCAUGGCGUACAUAACCAUCCACAUCCCUCAACAUACCAAAGAAAAGAACUCACUGAUGUACCUCACUGGGGUGCACACAAGCCAGGCCGGUGACAUCAGUUGUCAUGCAGAAGUAAAUCCCUUGAAACUAGGACAAGCAUCUUCUUCUGUAUCGUUCAAGAGUGAAAAUUUCUGGCACGUAAAAGAAUUGAACUGCAGAACUGCUUCAUGCAGUAACGUUACCUGUUGGCUGAAAGACUUGCAGGUGAAAGCAGAAUACUUUGUGAAUGUGUCUACCAGAAUCUGGAACGGGACUUUUGCAGCAUCUACUUUCCAGACAAUACAGCUGACGGCCUCUGCCGAAAUUGACACCUACAACCCUCAGCUCUAUGUGAUUGAAGAAAACAGCGUAACAAUUCCUGUCACAAUAAUGAAGCCGGAUGGGAAGGCUGAAGUGCCGACAGGAGUUAUCGUAGGAAGUGUCAUCGCGGGACUCCUCCUGCUCUUGGCGCUGGUGGCAGUUUUGUGGAAGCUCGGCUUCUUUAAAAGAAAAUACGAGAAAAUGACCAAGAACCCAGACGAGAUCGACGAGACGGCAGAACUCAACAGUUAAACCAUCCAGCAGGUCUGCCUGCGGCACGAUCGGAACCAGCCCGGGACGGUUAUUUGCAUGAGUGGACUUCUUUUUAAAAUCUCAGUGUGUGAUCAUGUACUAGCUAUACUAGUCCAAUGUUUUAAGAGAAACUGCAGGGCAGUUUGGAAGGAAGAAAUCUGUGAUGGCGAUCGGGGUAGAAAGGGCAAACGAUGUAUUUUAUAAUGGGAGCGGGGUGGUAGGAAAAGGGGUAUCUUUUA